GGCUUUUUGCAAAGUUGUUGAAGGUUAAGUCAAAUGCUAAGCAUGCAGGUUAGGGAUCUGCAUGACUGUGAAGGAAUUCAGCAUCAAAGAUAGAAUCUUUGAAUUCCUCUAGAACCCUGGGAUGUUAAGCGUUGAUUCACUAGGACUUUGAAGUUCAUUGUGCAAGCCACUGAUUCCAUGUCAUGAAUGGCCCUCUUUCCAAUCAGUCUGGGUUACGGUCAGAACUCAGUGUUUUGAAUGCAGACGAUUUCAUCCCUGGCCUCUCCCCUGUUUAAAAAAACUAAGGUUAACACAGGUUGAGGAAGCUGAGCCUGAAACUAAACAAACUCACUAGUAGAACAUCACCUGUUAAAUCAAGGGUUAACAGAAAGUAGAUGUCCAGAUCUUUCCCAUAAGCCUCUGUCAAUAUGGCCAACGGUCAGAAACAUGGUGACUGAAGUCCACACUCUCUACCACUCCCUGGGCAAGGAAGAACAAUGGCCUGAUUUCAUAUAAGGUAACUUCAUAGAUUCCACCAGCAACAAAUGCCCAUAGUUCUGGGCCUUUUUAUUCCCAGCUCUUUUCUUGUAGGGUAAGCCGUUGUUCCCUCCCCCUGUGCUCUUGUCCCCAGUCAAGUUCCUUUUCUGUGCAGAUGCUUCAGUAGGCACAAUCAUUUCAAAGGAAGCUGUCGAACAUAAUGUUGUCAGAUGCAGCCAGACAGAACGCCUUGUAUUUUUCAGAGGGUCACUCCAUGUGGGCUUCCGUGACGAGCAAUAGUGAAGAAACCAUUGAGCCGGAUUAUACAAGCAUCGAGCAGCUGUUUUGCUUCCCACAAACGAAGCCCAAGUCAAAAGAAGUGGCCCCUGUGAAGACAGAGCCAAAGGAGAUCACAUUUCUGGAUUCCAAGAAGAGUCUCAAUUUGAACAUCUUCUUGAAGCAAUUUAAGUGUCCAAAUCAGGAGGUGGUUGACAUGAUUCAGAACGAUGACCGAACCAAGUUUGAUGUCGAGGUCCUGAAGCAGCUGCUUAAACUCCUGCCAGAAAAGCAUGAAAUAGAGAACCUGAAAUCUUUCAAAGAAGACAAGGAGAAAUUAUCAAAUGCAGACCAGUUCUAUCUUCUGCUCCUUGGUGUUCCUAGCUACCAGCUGCGGAUAGAGUGCAUGCUGGUCUGUGAAGAGACCACCGUUCUGCUGGAGAUGCUUCAGCCCAAAGCAGAAACAGUCAGGAGGGCCUGUGAAGAUCUCCUCACAAGCCAGCGAUUGCCCGUUUUCUGUCAACUGAUUCUCAAAGUUGGAAACUUUCUGAACUAUGGAAGUCACACAGGAGAUGCUGAUGGCUUCAAAAUUGGCACGUUGCUCAAGCUAACAGAAACCAAAGCAAACCAGACUCGUAUUACUCUUCUGCACCAUAUUCUGGAGGAAGUAGAAAAAAAUCACACAGAUUUGCUGCAGCUUCCCAAAGAUCUUGAAUGUGUUUCGAAGGCAGCUGGGAUCAACCUAGAUGUGAUACGGUCGGAAUCCAGUUCCAACGUCAAGAAACUGCGGGAACUCGAGAAAAAGUUGUCCUCCUCGACAGAAGAGGUGAAAGCUCAGUAUGGAACAGCCAUUCAGGAAAGCCUAAAUGCUAACCAGAAAUUGGAAGACGAGUUUGAUAUCAUUGAAAUGAAGAAAGCGGAGCUCGCAAACUACCUCUGUGAGGACCCAAACAAACUGUCUUUGGAAGAUAUCUUUAGCACCAUGAAAACCUUCCGGGAUCUCUUCAUCAAAGCAUUAAAGGAAAACAAGGACCGAAAGGAACAAGUAGCAAAGGCUGAGAAGAGGAAGAAACAGUUGGAAGAGGAGGAAGCAAAGAGGCAGAAAGGAGAAAAUGGAAAGAUCAUUAAGAAAGGAGCUGUGAAGCAAGAAGAGGUGUGUGUUAUUGAUGCUUUGCUAGCAGAUAUAAGGAAGGGGUUCCAGCUGCGGAAAACUAACAGGAACAAGACUGACUCAGACACCCCUGCCAAAAUCUCGCCCAGUCAACCUCAGAAAGGAAAAGAGGCUGUUUCAGGCCAAAGUGUUCCGGUGGCGAAAGACACGAAGAAAGAGGAGGAUGGCGCGGCGACACCAAAUCACCUCCAAGGGCCGUCAGGAAAAGCUCUUCUGGAGGCUGCCGUCAUGGAGGAUAAGCACAAGGUUGUUGCUGAUUCUCCCGCUUCCGAGGGGUCCCUUGGCCAUGUUGGAAAUUCCGGGAGUUCUCCAACCCGUCCCAGUACUCAGAGGAACUCUUUAAAUUCGUUCGCUUUGGAAGGAGGUGCAGAGCCACAAAACGGCACAAGUCUUCAAGAGAAGACGGGCGCCUCCUCCACCCAGAACAUCGAUUUCAAUGACUUAGCGUUGCCACAAAGUUCGACCUCUUUUGGGAAGUUUGUGAGUCGCAAUUCAGAAGCAAAGUUGCAAGAGAGGACUGGAAUGGAGGACUGCUCAGAUAGCACCGCAGCUGUGGACUACAACGACUUAGUGUUGUCGAGCUCUUUCGUAAAGUUUGCCAGCGGGGAUUCGGGCCACUCGUCCAUCUCGAUGAGUCAAGCUGGGCCAGUUGGCUCAGGAGACACAACCGGCAGAACUGUUUGCUCACCUAGCACCUUCCAGUCCGAGGACCAGGGAGGCAACCUCAUCAGGAUAGACAGCGGGAUAGAGGAAAUGCCUGGAAACACCCCAGGGCUGCUGAAGCCUGAGGUGACGGUCCCCCAGAUCGUGGUGCCACCAGAGGCAGCGAAAGAAAGCAAAACACUCUCUGUCGACUCCCUGCUGGAAACCUCGCAGGAGAGGUCUUUCUCGGAAGAACCGGUGACUGACUCCUCAUGUUCAGCAGCGGUACCUUUGGAACAAGCGGAAAAGGAUGGCCAGAGAGGCUCAUCAAAGCGAAGGAAGAAGAAGAGGCACAGCAAAAGCCACUCAGUGGUUGACACUGACUUAAAAGCGGUGGUUGAUACUGGAGAUAAUAAAACAAAAAGAGUUUGUGAGAUACAGUGAGGUGGUGCCACAAGACAGAAAACUUAAAAAAAGAAUUGUUGCCGUACAUUCCUCUGCAGUGUCUGCUAUGGGAGAUAGUUGUGGUAAUGGGGUGAAGCCUACAUUUUGUCUGGGGAGCCUUUGGUUAUGUAUUAGAAAGUGCCAAGGCGCAAGGGAUUUCCAAAUGUAAAAGCACUUUCAGAAUGUGCCUUAUGAAAGUUCUUGCUUUAUAUGCAUUUUGCUCUGGUUUCAUGCCACAGAGACAGGACUUUGGUUAACCUCACGUCAGAUGAAACUCUUUCAGGUGAUCCCAGACCAAACUCUCUCAGCAGCCAAAGGGAGUGUGCCCUAAAUAGUAUUUCUGGGACCCAACAGCAGGAAGCUUUUAAGCUGACCCUGACAAGCACCGCUUGGAAGUUCUCCCAUUUCAGGCUGACCACUGAAAGCCCUGUGGGACCAAGUACAGUACUUUGUGUUUCAGUGGUACGGCCACAGGAAAUGCAAGUGCUCAGCUUUAUCAGCUAGUGAACAGGGCCAAGUCUGCACAAGUUGAAACCGUGCUGAGUUUUGUACAGUGAAUCUUUCAAGCCAAGCUGUAGAGCUGUCCACCCCAUCUGAGAGUACCCGUGUCCACUGACACCACCAGGCAUGGCCUUUGCCAUGACGCACUUCUGUAGUCCCCUGAGGGAAGGGUCUGCCACGCCGUACCCAGGGGGCUGUCCUACAUGGGGUGGGGGUGCACAGCCAUAUAACAGCCAUUCAGACAACUUCCCCGUGACUUCAAACUAUUGACUGGAAAACUGUGUACUGGUUGGCCACCUAGUGACUGAAGAUGGCACUGCAGCUUCAAACAUUCAUUAAUGUGUUUUAACGACAGCACAGCCCCGAGCUGCUCUUCCCUUAAACACCUUUAGUAUGCAGGCAUCUAGAUGUCGGGAGCUGAGGUUCCUUCUUUGUGCAUCCGAAAGCCACCGAUCUCCUUGCAAAGCAUUCUUUAUUGACCAAAAGCACAAAACACGCAGAAUGAAUCUCUGAGCACGCACAGAGUGGCUUGCUGAUCCCAAGCUAGUGUGCACCUCCAGGAACUCUCCUUAUGAGCAUGCCUCGGCCCCAUCCCUUCAGAAGAGCAAGCUUGCCUCCACACUGCAUGCGGAUCCUCUGAUGGGGCCGCCCUGCCAUGCUGAUGACACAUCAUGGGGUCAAGAGCAUGGGGCUGAGCAGUGCAUCUUGGCUGCCUACCUGGGGAAUCUGGCCUUGGGAUUAGCCUCUCUGCUUCUCUCAUCUCGGUGUCCUAGCAUGGCCCCCGUUCCCACCCACCGCCACCCACCCACCGCUCGGAUUCUGAUUCCCCUGGAGUCCAGACAGCAGUCCUUGAGGUCACUGCCCAGAGCAGCCCUCCUCUCACCCCAGUACUAGAGUUCACGGACUUGGUACUAUAAUGCCAAUAGAGAGGAAGGCAUGCGUGUGCCUGUGCACCAGAACCAGGAAGACCCUGCUGCACAGCCAGGUAUCCUUGUGCAGCUUGGCCUAGGAGGCCCAGGCCAGCCCACAGUGGAAGACUGGGCGCUGUUCCCCAUCGGUGGCUCGCUGCAGAGGGCGGCCACUUGAGCCGUUCUGGCCGCAGCAUCUCCUGGCCAUGUUGGCUCUGCACUGGCCUUUGAGCAAUACCUGGAUCGUGCAUCCCUCUGAGUGAGGUGGCCAGUUUCUGGGGUACUGGAAAGGACUGUGCCACUCCAGUGGAAGGGUAGCAUUUUUGAAGACUGCUUUGUAUUCAAAACAAAACAAAAAUCCUUGCACUUUUUAAACUAGAAGAUCAAGGUGGAUUAAAGUUUUUCCCACCUUGCUAGUUGUGCUAGCUUGGAAGAUUUCGAAAACACUGUUCUGGCCUGCUCUGGGGUCUGGCGGUGUGUUUCCAAGGCCAGUUGAAAGUACUGGGGUUGAGCUUAUGGGGCUCAGGAGCAUGAGACUUGAGGGGGCACCUGCCCAAAUGCGGCAAUCAGCUGCGAGACCCUCCUCCAAGAGAGGCUUAGAGAAGGAAAGGCAGGAAGGGGCCUUUUCAGUGGCGGCCCCCAGUUGUGAAACGCCCUGGCCUGUAAGCUCUGGCCAGCAUCAGCAUUUUCACCAGCUCAAGACUCCCCCUGUGAUUACAGGCAUUUGGCCACACUGGGUGGUACUUCCAAAGUUUAAUUUAGCUGAUUGGUCAGAUUUUGGUAUUAUAUUAUUAAUCCUUUUUUAGCUGUCUGAAACUGUUUUAAAGUUGUAUAUGUUUUGGUGCCUGUGGUAAGGUGCCUAGGGUCUUUUUCUGAGAGAAGCAUCUAACAAUUUAAUGCAGAUAAAAACAGAUAAAAAUACAGUCCACCACAGGCGUCCUUCUGCCAGCUCAGUCUCGGACACACGCAGGCAGAGUCUCAGUCAUAACUGAAGGCAAAACCAUCUUCUUUCCAGUUCAAGAUAAUUCUGCUUCUCUUUGCAAGAACAGCUCCGGCCAAAGUAUUCAUAUGAUUAAUACAACCGUUUUCCUUUCAAACCCUUUUUCUGUGGCAGACUGGAUGACUCAAAUGGUGUUUUUGUUUUGCUUUGUUUCCUCGUCUGAACCCAAGGGAAGCUGUCCCAUUAAUGGAAUUAAACCAUUUUGGUGUCAGUGACGGGAACGGGCUGUACUCUUCUAAUAAUUGUCUCUCAUGAUGUUUGUAAUCAGAGUGGCAAACCACAGAUGUGUACAUAGUUGCCACAUUCUGUAUAUUUACUCAGAGGGUGUUCAAAUAUUGUGAUGAAAAUGUAGAAAUAAUUUUGUAUGCUGAGCUUUAGUAACAAUAUUAAUCAGACAAAUUUGUGCUACUGAAUGAGAUGAUGCAUUUUGCAAAAAAGAGAUCGUGGUCAUGUUACGGAUUCUUUGGACUACAUCUGGCUCUGAUCGUGAGCGAAACCAGCGUUCCCCAACCUGGUGCUCUCCAGAUGUGUUGGAAUGCAACGCUCAUCUUCCCCAGUGGCAAUGCUGGCUGCAAAUGAUGUGAGUCGUAGUGAAGAUGUCCAGCAGACACUUGGAUGGAGAAGAUUGACACAAGCAGUUGGAAGACGGAGCCAGUUCUGGCAAGUUUAGUGAUCAGAUGAUGACUGCAAAGAUCCCAAGAACAGUGUACAGCUUGGGCUAUGUGAGGAAUUUGAUGUGGGGAAUAGGACAGAUUUUCACAAUCACCCUCCCCGCCCCCCAGAUUCCAGUGUGCCAGCCCCUGUGCUGGGCCAAUUCACUAUGGACUUUGGUCUCUAAGGCGGGCAGCAAUUGCGCAUUUUAAAAAUGCUAAGAACAUUUGUAAAUGCUCACCAUGUGUGCAGAUUGGCACCCAGAAAGCAUGUGGAUGUAGUGAGAUUUGCACAAAAUCAGAUCUUUUGCAAAAAUAGUCCUCCCGAAAGCAGGUGGUCCUUGUGAGUUGGUACCCAAAGGCCAAUUUUACACAAACUGCGCUAGAUCCUUGUGCUUUUCAGACACCAAUUUAUACAAAAUGCACACAAUGCCAUGAGAGCACAGUUUGUGCAAAUUUCAUCAGCGUUCUUUUAAAAUAUGCAAACUGCAGGCAAAGUGACGAAAGUCCACAGGAAAUCAACAUGGCCCACUUGCAAUCCUCGAAGUCACUUCAGAUGAAACAAUCUUGACUUCCCAGGACGAAUGAAACAUCUGUACUUCAGGGGUACUUCCAAAUCGGUAAUAGCAGACUCCUCGGGGACAUUUUUGUGAGCAAAAGCCGCAAUUCAGACUUUGUCCUUAGAAAAUGGUACUGCUUCCUUGUGAUCAGGAGAAAAUGGAGGAGGGUGGCUUCUUGCAGGACAUGCUAAAUUCCAGCAAAAAGGGAGCAAUUCUGGGGAGAAAGCAGAGCACCGGAACGCAUGGCGGGGCGAGGGGCUCAUUGGCCGUGCUGUGGUAAAAGUGAAAGGCUUUGGGUCUGUCCUAGCUGAAUGUCAGAGUUCCCGGCAUAUGGCAGGGAAGGGUUUCCAACUGGGCCUCUGCAUUAGGAUGACCAGAUCGAAUAUGGGGCGUAACUCCUAUGUCUUUUCACUGUUGGACAGUGCAACCGCAAUCUGCCAAGUUUUCCUUUUCUGUACAACGCUGCUCAAUACUGCCCCCUCAGGAAAUAUAUUUGGACAGUCCUAGAUCCUAAAGGGGACAGCAGCCUGUGGUUGGUUCUGAACAAACCGGUGGUAAUUCUGCAACAUCCUGUCUCUGAUGUGCGUAUGUAUCUUACCUGAGUGCAAUAAACUGGCUUGUAUUUAAUACA